AUGCCGCAUCAAUUGCGCAUCGAAGACGCGGCGGUCGGGAGCACCGGUGGCGGUCUGGCGACGAGCCGGCACGCGCCCGGAAAUCCCGUGGCCGGAACACUGACGAUGACAAUCACGGCCGGCGGCGCCGAGCCAGAAGCCCCCGCGGCCCCAAAAUCCCCUCAGGAAGAUGCGGCGAAGUUUAUUCUCGAGGCUAUGAAUUUCCCCGGUGUUAAUAGCCCACAAGACGCUUGCGCGGCGUGGGCGGAAAGACUUUUUGAAAUCGCGAAGGACAUCCUGCGUGCACGAGGCUGGACGCCUCAACCUCACGAUAACACCACCGAGCAGCUCAAGAACGAUAUGAACGAGCUGAAGAAAAUGGUCGCUGAAUUUGCAAAGAAGCAAGCGACCCCCCGAAGACUUGGGCUACCAUAG